ACCCCAAGCCUGGAGAGUACUGGGCAGGGUCCCUGUCCUGGAGCUGUUUAGGUUCCGAAAGUGCCUAGGGGCAGCAAAUUAUUUAGAGCUUAAAGAGCAGAAACGCUGAGCAGGGAUAGGUGGUCGCGUUCCAGAGCACUCAGGACAGAUAAGUGGGUCUGUGUCAGCUGACCAGGACCGGCGGGUUUCCGCUUCCCUCCAGGGCGGUGGGUGAGGCAGUGAGGCCGAGGUUCGACCAGAUAGCGCCGCUAUGUGGCCCCCGGACGCAGAGCCAGAGCAGGAUCCGGAGUCAGCGCACAGCCCCCGAAGUGGCAGCAGGACAGUGCCGGGGCUCCGAGCCCUGUUGCCCGCGCGCGCCUUCCUCUGCUCUCUCAAAGGCCGCCUCCUGCUGGCCGAGUCGGGCCUUUCAUUCAUCACCUUCAUCUGCUACGUGGUGUCCUCAGCAUCGGCCUUCCUCACAGUGCCUCUGCUGGAGUUCCUGUUGGCUGUUUACUUCCUCUUUGCUGAUGCCAUGCAGCUGAAUGACAAGUGGCAGGGCUUGUGCUGGCCCAUGAUGGACUUCCUGCGCUGUGUCACUGCUGCUCUUAUCUAUUUCGUCAUCUCCAUCACUGCUGUCGCCAAAUACUCAGAUGGGGCUUACAAAGCAGCUGGAGUUUUUGGCUUUUUUGCCACAAUUGUGUUCGCAAUUGACUUCUACCUGAUCUUUAAUGAAGUGGCCAAAUUCCUCAAGCAAGGAGACUCUGGGAACGAGACCACAGCCCAUAGGACAGAAGAAGAGAACUCCAACUCUGACUCAGACUCUGACUGAAGGCCUGUCUGCGCUUGACGAGAGCCACUCAGCGAUCUCACCCAUGCUGUCCUGACGGGGCUACAGGAGCAUGGCAGGGAAUGCCCACGGGAGAGCAGAUUGAGGAGCCAGGAGAUUAUACUCCUGAGGCCUCACAUUCCAACUUGGCUGUGUUGGCUUGGCACUGCUGAGCUGGCAUAGUAGAGCAUGCCGACUCUCCUUCCUUCUCCUCUUUCUGUCCCUGAGCCCCUUAGCCUCACUGCCCCACAGAAGCACACAUCAAAGGGAGCCAGUCACUGCAGUUCAGGUGGCAGCAUGGGCCGGGGUGGGACUUCUUUUUACUAACAGGGACAGACAAAAGCACAGCAGGCUGGGCCACCAGCCCCAGCCUGCACCAAGCUCUCCUGUUCACCCUUGAACUUCGCUGAGAUGAUUUUCAGGAGUCUUGUUCAAGAAGUUCCCUCCUCACUGUGAAACAGGGAGAAACCUAGCUAGCCAAGUCUUCCCCAUGAGGGGUCUGAGACCUUGUCAGAACGGAACCCAAAGAUUUGUUUACCAGGGUCCACAGACAGGGAGCCAACCAGUACAGUGGCAGUGACCAAGUCACAAGUGGCUGGGCAGGCCCAGCUUAGCACUCUCCUCCUGGGGCUCCUAAAGAACAAAGUGCUUUCUCUGGACACCUGGGCAGGACCACUGGUGACAUGGACCUUCUCUGUAUUCUCUUGGGGCUGAUACUUUGUAUGUGUCUUUGUUGGUGUUUUCUAACUUUUUAAUAUUUUUUUUUAUAUAAAAACAAUGUAACAAAUGGCCUUUCCUGUAACCUAAGAGGCCCCAUGAAUGAGCCAGAGUUCUGGGACCAUGUCGUGGGCAUUUGUAACCUUCUUAUCUUGCAUGUGAAUACCCUCCCUUAAAAAAAAAAAAAAAAAAAAAAAAAAAAAAAAAAA